GAGAGAGGGGUGAAUCAUGGCGUCUUCCAUCAUCGAAAGGUCGGUAUCUUUAUGGCGAAAAGAGAGAAUAAAAAGAUAAAAAGGAGUGCCCCGAAUUCGACUACUCAUUGCAAAUGCUGCGACAGUUUGGCGUGCUUCUUUGGUUGCCAACAAAAAAUUCGACCUUUUUCUACAGCAGCUGGUGGCCCUCCUCUUCCUCCUCCAUUCCUUCCCCUCCGACGACGACCAUCAGAGGCCCACGUCUCUCCCUUUCACUCGCUCUAUUUUUAUCUUCCGCCGCAGCUUUAUAAGCCGACCCACUGGAAACAGGUCUUGGUUCUUAGCGCUGUGGCUGUAAUCGUUUUAUUCUUUCUGCCUGAACUCGACAAUUUGGUCUCUUGUUACUUUGGCUUCUCCGGAUUGAACGAUUCUGGGAUAUCAUUUCGUUUUCUGCUGGCUGGACGCACGGCUCUAUGCUCAGAAGUGGAUAGUGCUGACGCCCCGAAGAUGCUUCCUUCCACGAAAUAAAAGCAAUACGCUUGAAGAUGUAAAUUUGGUGCUCCUGAAGCAAUCUCUUCCAAAUGCUGAUACUGUUACAGGAUAUUUGAAGAGAGGUUCUUGGUUGCAGCAUGAAGAUACUUCUCUUUUGAUGUCCUCCAUCCAAGAAAACGUCGGACCUGUCGGUCUAAAUAGCGCUGCAGUGCUGCAAGAUGAGAUGAAGCUCUUGGGGGAAGCUCCGAGUAUGUCAAGUGGAAGGAAGGUGAUAAAUUCUGAGCUUUGGCAUGCUUGCGCUGGAUCAUUCGUAUCGUUGCCUCAACCCGGCAGCCUAGUGUACUAUUUCCCACAGGGGCACAGCGAGCAGGUUACUGCUUCGACUAGAAAAAUAGCAAACUCACAAAUCCCUGCCUACACUGAUCUUCCAUCUCAGUUGAUGUGCCAGGUUCAUAAUGUUGCACUUCAUGCUGACAAGGAGACUGAUGAGAUCUAUGCUCAGAUGACCCUUCAGCCAGUAAACUCUGAAAGUGAUGUUCUUCAUAUUCCGGAUCUUGGUUAUACUAAAUGUAAGCACCCAACUGAAAUAUUUUGUAAGAUUUUGACUGCAAGUGAUACUAGCACACAUGGUGGAUUCUCCGUACCUCGAAGAGCUGCUGAAAAGCUAUUUCCACAAUUGGAUUAUUCAAUGCAACCUCCAAAUCAGGAGCUUAUUGUCAGAGAUUUGCAUGAUAACCUGUGGACAUUCCGGCACAUCUAUCGAGGACAGCCAAAGAGACACCUUUUGACAACCGGAUGGAGUUUGUUUGUGGGUGCAAAAAGGCUUAAAGCUGGUGAUUCCAUACUGUUUAUUAGGGAUGAGAAGUCACAGCUACUCUUGGGCAUCAGACGUGCCUUCCGUAAGCAAAUAGCCCAGCCGUCAUCUGUACUCUCCACAGAUAGUAUGCAUAUUGGUGUCCUUGCUGCAGCAGCUCAUGCUACAUCAAGUAGGAGCCCAUUCACUGUAUACUAUAAUCCUAGAGCAUGUCCUUCAGACUUUGUAAUUCCUUUAACCAAGUACCAUAAAGCAGCAUAUACCCAAGUACCAAUUGGGAUGAGAUUUGGCAUGAUGAUUGAAACUGAGGAGUCAAGCAAACGCAGAUACAUGGGCACAAUUGUAGGUAUCAGUGACUGUGAUCCAGUAAAAUGGCCUAAUUCAAAGUGGCGAAACCUGCAAGUGGAAUGGGAUGAACAUGGUUAUGGAGAGAGACCUGAUAGAGUCAGCUUAUGGGAAAUUGAAACCCCGGAAAGUCUUUUUGCUUUUCCUAGUAUAACAUCAAGUUUAAAAAGACAAUGUCUUCCUGGAUAUGUAGGUCCUGCAAUAAACAUUCAGUUUGGAAAUUUGAAACCAUUUCCAAAGCCAGCCAAAAAUGGGAAUCCAAACUCGGAGCAUUUAAUUGCUGGUGUAGGGUCAGAAAAUCUUCUAAAUAUUCUUAAUAAACCUACUAGCCAUGAUGGUCUACUUGGAUGUCAUCAGUCCAUAUACUCCAGUAUUUUGCAGAAUGUUAGAAGUGGUGAAAUUUCUAGAAACUUCUCCUUAACUAUGCCAACAUUCCAUACAAUGGGAAAUUCUACCCACCAGGUAAUAGUCUCCACAGCAGCAAUGCAACAGAAACAGCAUCUCUCUCCACAGCGAUGUAUGGUUCCAUUGGGAGAUGUUAUGCCACAAGAACAGAGGCAUUAUUUAGUGCCCCAGGGUGUUGAAUUAGAUUCUGCAUCAAGGACACAUGUAAACUCACAAGUAUCAGGUAGUGAUGAAGUUUCCCCAGCAGAGCCUGAACAAAAAUUUCAAGAUCAUAACACAGGAAACGAGAAUGGAAUCAACCUACGGAGGACUGAAAAUGCAUCAUUAGAUGAAUCCAGUGCUCAGCAAUCAGAGAUGGAUUCUGUGGUGUUGCCAAUUGAUCCGAAUAAGCAAUCAGAUGAUAUGAUUAAAACAAUUUCUCAUGACAUACUGGCAGAAAAUCUGGACCAAUUGCCAAACCAUCAAAAUGUUGAAAGUUUUACUAGCCCAUUUGAUCAUGAUAACAUUGCAGAUCAAAUAUCCGUGAAGCAAGGGCUACAAGUGAAGGUACAAGGUCAUCGCAAAAUUGUUCGGCAGCAAAGUGAUCCGACUGGGGCACAGUCACCUGGGUUAGAAGCAACACAGUCGUCAGAUGUGUGUAAUUUAAAUAACUUGCUUCCGUGUCAAGACUACUUGCAUCAUAACUUGGAUCAUGAUGAAUGGAUACCACAGCAUUCAUGUCUUCAGUCCUUCAUGAGCUCAUCAAGGACACCAGAAGUUCCCUGUAUCAAUGGUAAUCCAGAUUCAUUAUAUCUCUCUGCAGCCGAAAAUGCUGCAACUUUUACUUCUGAUAUAUCUUCUCUAGCAAAACCUCACAGCUUUGAACCCAUAGAGACAUAUCAGCUAUCAUGCAUUUCAGAUUCAGACACGGGGCAGCACUGCACAACUAAUAUUCAAGAAUAUUUAGGCACUCAGUUGAACUCAUUAGAUGAUGAGCUGCUUGUCCAAGGCAUCCUUUCGUCUGAGGUUCACAACAUAGAUGUUCAAGGACAUUGCUGUGUCUUGCAGGGUAUGCCCAAUUCAUGUGGGACAAUGGACUUGUCGGAGGAGAGUAAUACCCAAAGUGAGACAAUUGGCAAUCUCCAUCUUGACCCUAGCAACGAAAGCAUGGAUAUGGGUCUGAUUCCAAGUGUGACUAUAGAAGGCCUCAGUUCCAUAGGAUCUUCCAAGUUUCGUAUAGCUUCAGUGAUGCCAGUCUGCAUUUUCAAUUCAAAUCAGGAACAGAUGUCUAAAAUUACUUCAAUGAGAUUGACAGACUCGGAAUCCUCUUUACAAGACAUCCCUGACUGCUCUGCUGGUACAUCAUCUGGUAGUAUAGCUGCAAAUGAUUACAGGUUAUACCGAGGUUCCAGGAAGCAAGUGUGUCAACAACCUUUAAGAACAUACACUAAGGUUCAAAAGCUAGGAUCUGUUGGAAGAUCGAUUGAUGUGACACGCUUUAGCAAUUACCAUGAAUUGAGAUCUGCAGUGGCCUGCAUGUUUGGGUUAGAGGGACAGCUGGAUGAUGCACGAGGCUCAGAAUGGAAACUUGUUUAUGUGGAUUAUGAAAACGAUGUUCUUCUGGUUGGGGAUGAUCCAUGGGAAGAAUUCAUAAACUGUGUCAGAUGCAUCAGAAUUUUAUCGGCUUCUGAAGUACAACAGAUGAGCCAGGAGGGCAUGCAGGUGAUGGAAGGACUUGUAUAAACCAUCAAUGAAAGUCUAAGAAAUUCCGUACCAUUCUCAGGAUGAUGAAGCGAACUUCCGUAAAGCUACCAUGAUCUUAUGUUUGCGAGCGAACUUUUCAGAAUUUCAGCUUGUAUAUAUAUUUUACUUCUUUUUAAACUAAGGUUAUGAAAGCUUAUUGAGAUGA